AUGACUAGGAAACUACAACACACACGUGUGGAAGAUAGCAAGAGCAGAAAAAGGGUUCUGAAGCCAGUGGUGGAGAAGAAGAGAAGAGACCGAAUCAAUCAAAGUCUGUCUGAACUCAGGAGUCUGCUGUUGAAUCAUACGUCUGAUCCACGGCUGCAGAACCCUAAAAUAGAGAAAGCAGAGAUUCUGGACUUGGCUGUGGAAUAUGUGAAGACAUGGACAGAUGGGAAGAACCUGAGAAAGGACGUGAGCCUUCACCACUCAGAGUCCAGCUCUCCCGCUCUCUUCACCAUAGAGAGUGCAGGUUUCCAGCAGUGUGUGGCCCAGCUGACCAGCUACAUGCACAGAAUAACCCCGGCACAGAGAAGCAGCCUGAUGGAGGGGCUGAAACACCACACAGAGAGGCAGCAGCCACCACCAGACUCCACCCAGAGAGUGUCUGAGAGCGAGACGGGAGCAGAUGGAGGAUCUCUGGAUGCCAUUUGCACAUCUAAGAGGAAAGAAGAGCCUCUAAAGUUUCCGUCCCACUCCCCGUUCCAGCCACACUCCUGCUCCACACCGUGCCACGACUACCUGUCCCCCCCUCCCUCUCCCUGGCUCUCUCCUUCCUUCUCCACAUACGCCACCUCUCCUCCUUUCCCGACAUUUGCCUCUCACUUCUCCUUCCCCCCCAGCCUGUCACCUCUGUCCUCCAACACCUCCUUAUUCAGUUUCUCGCCCACGGCCCCACACUCUGGCCCCCCCGCCUUCCACUGCCCCCCUCUCCUCACACUGAGGUCCCCUCCACACCCUGCAGCCAGGGAGAGGGAGGGGUCCCCGCCAAACUCUUCUUCGUCCAUGUGGAGACCCUGGUUUUGAUGAAGAGGAUCAGAGACUGAUGAACUGAGAGCAGCAGAGCCCCCUAGUGGGGACAAACUGCAAUCACUGGUUGUGGAGAGGAAGAGAAACUCUCCACCGCAAUGUAUAGUGUACAUAUUAUUCAAAUUUCCUAUAUUUUCUAUUU